CCUCGCCCUCUUGCUAUUUCUUGUUUCUUAAUUCUUCCCUAUCACUUCCUUCCCUCGUUAUAUACCUCUUUUUUUCAUACUUGAUUUGUCUGUUAUUUUCCGCAAUCAUUCCACGGCUCAGUGUGUCUGCCGUCAGUCGCUCGUUAUAGUAUAUAUAUAUAUAUAUAUAUAUAUAUAUAUAUUCCGGUUCCCUUUUCCAUUAAUUCAACCUGAUAUCACUGGGUCUGCAGAUCAAGUUGAUCAACCGCUCGUUGCUAUCAUCUGCAGAUCAUUAACGGUCGUCGUUGCGGCUGGUAUUCGUUACAGGGCUGUGCAUAGAAUCUCAUCAUGAAGGCCACCCUCGCCCUUGCCGGGGCUUCGCUCGUGGGCAGCGCCCUGGCGACUCUGCCUGCUAUUGAGACGAAGGGUAACAAACUCUUCUACUCCAACAAUGGCACUGAAUUCUUCAUCCGUGGUGUUGCUUAUCAGCAGGAAUAUUCUGCCAAUGACACCUCUUCUGGUGACUCUAAGAGCGACUACACCGACCCUCUGUCCGACCCCAAGAAGUGCGAGCGUGAUAUCCCUUAUCUGAAGGAACUGCGCACCAACGUCAUUCGUACCUACGCCGUUGACCCCAAGGCCGACCACACUGAGUGCAUGAAGAUGCUGGACGAUGCCGGUAUCUACCUGAUCACUGAUUUGUCCGCCCCUUCGGAGUCUAUCGUCCGUAACGAUCCCAAGUGGGAUGUAGACCUGUUCUCCCGUUACACCAGCGUCGUUGAUGCCUUUGCCAACUACACCAAUGUUAUUGGUUUCUUUGCUGGUAACGAGGUCGCCAACGACAAGAACAACACCGACUCCAUCGCGUUCGUCAAGGCCGCCGUGCGUGACAUGAAGAAGUAUGUCAAGGCAAAGAACUACCGUGAAUCCUUGCUUAUCGGCUAUGCCACCGAUGAUGAUGCUAGCAUCCGUGAAGACCUGAAGAACUACCUUGUCUGUGGUGAUGACGAUGCCCGGAUUGACAUGUUCGGUUACAACAUCUACGAGUGGUGCGGCGACUCUUCCUUCGAGAAGUCCGGUUACAAGGAGCGCACCGAGGAAUUCAAGGACUUCCCUGUGCCUGCAUUCUUCUCCGAGUACGGAUGUAACAACCCUAAGCCUCGCAAGUUCACCGACACUCCCGUACUGUACGGUCCCAAGAUGAACAACGUCUGGAGUGGUGGUAUCGUCUACAUGUACUUCCAGGAGGACAACGACUAUGGACUGGUUUCCCUUGACGGUGACAAGGUCAAGACUUUGAGCGAUUAUUCCUAUCUCUCUGAAGAGAUCCAGAAGGCCACCGCCACUGGUGUCAAUAGCGCCAGCUACACCGCUCCGUCCGCUGCUACGGCAUCCUGCCCUUCGGUUGGCAAGGACUGGGAAGCCACCAGCGAGCUCCCCCCAUCUCCUAACCCCGAUCUGUGCUCCUGCAUGGUCAAUACCUUGUCUUGCGUCGUGAAGGAUUCCGUUAAGGAGAAAGAUUACGCGGAUACGUUCAACUACAUUUGCUCCAAGGAUGGAAUGUGCGAUGGAAUCAAGAAGGACGCCACCAAGGGCAAGUAUGGGGCGUACAGCGUGUGCACUCCCAAGCAGCAGCUUUCGUUUGUCAUGAACCAAUGGUACAAGAGCAGUGGCUCCGGCAACAGCCAGGCCUGUGACUUCAACGGCCAGGGCCGUGUCAAGGACGCUUCCAAGGAUGACAGCAAGUGUUCUGACCUACUGAAGCAGGCCGGUACCGCGGGUACUGGCAGUGUCACGGCUUCCCCCACUGCCGGCAGUGCUGCUGCUGGAAGUACCUCUACCUCUUCGACUUCCGGCAACGCUGCCGGUGCGGUAAGCCCAGUGGCUGUCAAGGUUGGCGGCUGGCAGUUUGGAGCUUACGUCAUGACUGCCUUUGUUGCUGGUGCUGGUAUGCUCUUGCUGUAAGGUAGUAAUUAGCGUGUAUGUGCUCAAAGACGUUAGGAGAAUAGCGACAUGCGACUUGGGGGAUCUUUUGUUCGCUGGAGUGUAUUCGACUGUGAUUUUUGUCAUUUUUUUUUUUGAAUAUUAACACGUACAUACUUUAGCCAAUAGCUCAAUCGUUCAUUCUCUCAAAUACAUAUUCCGUAAGCUGCCUG